UGAAAGUCCGGGUUCCUGGUCGAAACGUCAACAAACGCAAAACGUAAACAAACGAGAUGGCUGACAUUCCAGGCCCUUCAACUCUCGUCUUGCAAGAUGAAAAUUGCAACAAGGAAAACCUUGACACAAAUUUUGAGCCCGAGAGGAAAAAAUUAAAGACUGAAAUUAACUUGAAAGAGAAAGACAAUAAAUUGGAAGAUCGACUGAGUGGAAUCCUCUGCUGCGCAGUAUGUCUCGAUUUGCCAAGGACUUGCUUCCAGUGCACCAAUGGACACUUGAUGUGUGCAGGAUGUUACAACCAUCUCCUUGCUGAUGCCAGACUGAAGGAUGAGACAGCAACUUGCCCCAACUGCCGCUGUGAGAUCAACAAGAACUCCUGUACACGGAACCUAGCAGUGGAAAAGGCUGUAUCAGAGCUCCCGAGCCUGUGCCAGUACUGCAGUUGUCAACUACCCCGCAAUCAAGUAGACCACCACCAGAGGGAGCUCUGUCUUGAGCGGCACACAUGUUGUAAAUACUCAAGAAUUGGUUGUCCUUGGCAAGGACCUUUUCAUGAGUUGGCCAGCCAUGAGCAAAGCUGCAUCCACCCAAACAAGUCUGGGGAUGACAUCAUGAAUGCUCUUUCAUUGGUCGAUAAGCAAAAGGAGGAGGAGCUGAGAGUCUACAGCAACCUCUACUGUCUUCUCUCUUAUGAGAAAGUCACCUUUAAUGAUUUGCAGCUGAAACCUUACAGAACGGAUGACUUUAUCACAAGACUGUACUAUGAGACUAGCAGAUUUUCUGCCUUUAACCAUCAGUGGGUCAUCAAGGCUCGCAUCAACAAUGACAAGCCCACUCAGUCCGUCACACGGUCAAUGUCAUAUCAACUCGUUCUCAAGGGCAAGGUCACCAAUCCCAUUCAGCUGAAGUUCAUCGCACUCAAGGGUCCAUAUGGGGACAUGAAGGUCAACCCAGCAAUCUACAUGUUUGAGUUCUCACCAGAAAAUGUGGAGACUGAGUAUUUCGACCUUCCCAUUGUCAAUUCAUUAGAGUGCAACAAACUGCUUGCCUCCAAGACCAUUAAUUUGAGAGUUAUCAUGGUCCAUUUACAGUGAUCCUAACACUUGUGAUCAGAAGUAUAUAACCAUUACAGUACUGAUACAUACACUGGAAUCUCUUGUUGUUCUAGUUCAUGUACCAUAAAAUUCACUUUGAAAUAUAUGAACUUGAAGUAUUACAUAUUAUCUGAUGAUGUAUGUUAUGAGUACCGAUAGAUUUGAAUUUUAAAAAAAAUGUGAGAAUUUCAUAGUGAAAAUUUCAUACUCAAAAUUAUCUAGUCAAUAUUAAGAAUAAGUAAUUCGAUUUUUAGUCAUCAUAAAAUGGAAUUUAUCCUUGUGUUAUUUUAAAUAGAGCUUUUAAGAGUUUGUCAUACUUUUUUUUUUUAAUUAAGAAAUAUUUUCGCUAUCUUCAUUUGUCAUCAUUUCGCUUUUUGUAUAUGUACUAUGUACUGUAUAGGUAAGACAAACGGGUAAGCCUUUUUUAAAUUUAAUUGCGGAUGCAGAUUUUAUUAUCUGUACUUGCGUGUAAAUAGCAUAACAUUAGUGUAUAAUACAUGUAUGCAUCUUUUUGCCAUUAGAUUGCAUACAAGUAUUAGGUAGUUUCAGUUUUCAAUAGGAAAUAACAAAUAUAAUACACAUACAUGUACGUAUAUUUGUGUUAACAAUAAUGUAAGUUAAAUUGACAUGUCAACAGAUUUCUUGUUUGUUUGUUUUUUUGGUGGAAGUUUAACCUUUCCUUGUUUUGUUUUCUGUUUUUGUUCACCUUUAUUUAUUAUCAUAGAAGUGAUAGAAGAGAAUUCCAUUUCCAUUUGUAUUGAACUACACCAUUGUCAUGCUUCUUGCUCCCUCUGAACUUCAUAAAAUACAAUCGUAGGUUGGGGUGGAUUAUUUUGGUAGAAUUACAUUUGUCUAUUUAAUAAUAUCCAUUUUGUUUUGAACUAAAAUGUAAAAUCCAAAAUAUUAUCAAAGCUUUCCCUUUUAAAAAAUCAUGGAGAGUAUUGCAGGUUUCUAAAAUAUUAUUAGAUAUACACUUGUUUUGCAUUAACUGCUUACUGUAUUAUUUGAGAUGAGGAGUAAAUAGAAUGACCAUGCUUAUCUUUUUUUUCUUUUUUCUUUUUACCUUUUUUAAAACUUAAUAUUCUGAUUACAAUACCAAAUGCUGUGAAAAAUAUACAUUGAAUAAUCUAAAAAUAAUAGCAAAAUUUUCCUAGAAGCAACAAUAAUCCCAUAAAUUCCACAUAACUUAAUAUUUGGAUUACAAUACAAAAUGUUGUGAAAUAUAUUACAUUGAAUAAUUUAAAGAUAAUAGCAAAAUUUCCCUAGAAGCAACAAUAAUCCCAUAAAUUCCACAAGAUAAUGUAUGCAUAUGUUUUGUAAAUGUUGGAUGAAUAGAAAUGAGAAAAUUUUGACAUGUUCAGAUUCCUCAAUUUUUUUUCAUUGUUUCAUUGUUAACAAUACAAUUAUGUAAAUGUUGCUAAUUAUUCAUGUAAAUGCUAAUGUUUACUUGUAUGUUAGAAUAGAAUUUAAACCAAUUGUUAAUCAUGUAAACUUUGACAAAUUUUACUGAGUAAAUUUAUUAUAAAAACUGAAAUAGAACAUUCCCUGUUAUAGAGGUCUCCCAAAUGAAUUCAUGUGUUCUGCCUCUUCAUAUAAAUUGUUUCCAAUUGAGUAACAUCAUAAUUUAUGAUGUGAGUACUUGAAGAUUUUAAAUUUUUCCUGAACAUUUGUUUUAAACGGAUUGUGUAAAACAAACAUAAAUAUAUAAAUACUUUAAAUUGUAAUUUUAAGUUUUUUGUUUGUGAAGUCUUUGUAUAUUUGUCUCUCUCCAGUUGUUACAUAAAACAGUUCGGAAUAAAGGAAAAAGAAGAAUACCAUCAA